CCUCAACCGACUCCACAAUUGUCUGCAUUACCGUCAUUUCCGGUAUUUUUGAGUCAUUAGACGUAGAAGAAGGAAAAUAGUAGGCUAAAAUGUCUUAUAAUGAUCCUUCCAAAUACGGAGCACCACCAUCAUACGAAGAGGCAACAUCUGGCAUCCCACCAACAACAGAUCCAAGCGGUUACCCUGUAGCUCAAAGUGGGUUAAGUGCUACCACAACUGGCACCUCAGAUACUCAGCCCCAUUUAUUGAGUUCUGAGGGUACACAGGGGCUACCAUAUCCACAGUAUUCACAAUAUCCAAGCAGCUAUCCAUCUUCUCCAUAUCCACCCCAGUCCGGCUAUCCCAUCAACACAGCAGCAGCAUAUCAAGGUCCUACUUGUGGAGUUGGAUAUGGACAGUAUGGACAAAAUCAACAGAUUCCAUCGGAACUAGAUAGACGGAUGAGAAGAAGAAAAAUAGUUUUCAUGUCCAUGUUUAUAUUCGUUGUCCUCCUGGUGAUAUUUGCUCUAACCCGAUGGUUUUUAACCUAAAGAUGGAAUCAAUACGAAUAUGAGACCAUUAAUCACAUCAAACUGGAUGAAAAACAACUGCAAAUCAUGCAGCAGCCUGAGAACAUAUGCGUGAACAUUUUGAUUAUUUUUACAAUUGUUUUUAUAUAGAGCGGAAUGCAUUGUUUUCCUUUAUUUAUAGUUUUAAUUGUAUUUUACACAUGUAGAAAAGCAAACUCUGUGAAAAAAGUGUUUUAAAAAACAUAUUAUAUGGAUUUUGUUCGAAAAGCAUUUCAAAAAUUAUUAAUUGUUUUUUUUAUGCCUUAUUUUAAACUUUGUUACAUUUAUUACCAAAUAAAAUUAGAUUAUUGGACAAAAUGAAUUUCAUGAAAGUGAAAUUGUAUAUGUAUCCGAAAGAAAAAUGUCCUUGUUUUAAACAUUAGUAUGUACUUUAUAACACGCACAAUAUCAAUGUUUUAAAAUAUAUUUAUGAUAAGCUAUGAUUUAUUUUAGAUUUUUAUAAGUAAAAGAUAUGAAAUAUAAUUUGGGUUCAAAGUAUAUUAUCAGUACAAGUCAAUUCAUUGUAUUAAAAGUCUCCAAAUUUUAGAAAGUUUCAAUGUAUAUAUUCAGAACUGUGUUGAUAUUCCUGUGAUUGCACAUGUUAUAUAUGCAUUAAUACAUGUCUCAAUCUUUGAUUACUGUUGGUUUAUAUUGUAUUAAUUUAUACUGUUGGUUUAUAUAUAAUUGUAUUAAUUUAUAUGUCAUAUUAAUCUGAACUACCAGUAGUGGAAUAGAACUCCCAACUAGCCUGAUCGACUCCCAUCCUGAAAUGUUCAUUAAUUUUGCGAUUAAGGCCAAAAGAAUUAAAAUACUGGUUGUCAGACCAAGAGUUAAAAAUUUAAUGAGGCAUGCAGGUAUUUUAUGUUUUAUUGCAAAAUUUGCAAAGGGGAAUAAUUCAAUUUUCAUCAUUGAGUUAUGUGGCAAUAAAAUACAAUAAAUGCGGAUGCAUUUGAGCAAGUACAGGAGUGCCUGAGAACCAUUUAUACAUAUAAUUUUUUGGCCUAUAGAUGUUAAUUUAUAUAAUAUAAAGCAGUCCCAGAAUUUCAAGAUUGACAUUCCUCCUAACCCACCCUACCUUCUUCUGUAUGUGUAUACAUACAUAUGCUUAUUUACACAGAUUAUAUUAUUGUUAUUUUUUUGUUUGUUAUUGUUUAUGUAUUAAAAUAUUACAAUUAACCUCGUAGCUUAAGAUAAUUAUUUUAUGUAUGUUUUAAACAUUAGAUAUCUUUUUUAGCUCACCUGAACCAAAGGUUAACGUGAGCUUUUCUGAUCACCUGUCGUCCGUCCAUCUGUAAACUUUUCACAUUUUUGACUUCAUGUCUUAAACCACUGGGCCAAAUUUAACCAAAAUAGAUACUAAGCAUUCUUGUCUAAAGGGAAUUGUGAAUUGUCUAAAUAAAGGGCUAAACCCUUUUUAUAAGGGAGAUAAUUUUGAAAAACAAUGAGUAUAGGUUGUGUGUCUUUAAAAAUUUUCUUCUCAAGAACCACUGUACCAGAAUUGCCAAUAUUUACUAAAAAGCUUAUAUUUAUAGUGAAGAUUCUAGACAGGGUUCAAAGUUUAACAUAGGAUUAUAAAGGGAAAGUGUUAAAAAUAUUCCCAAGAACUACAAUGCUACAGUUUGUGAGAUUACAGUGCAACAUCCUUAAAUUGUGAAAAUUCUGAAUUGUGGACUUAUAUCGUGGCCCAGAAGGGAUUCAAAUUCAACAUAGAAAUAUAUGGGGAACAUGUUUGAAAAUCUUCUUCUCAAGAACUACAGUGCAACAGUUUGUGAGAUUACUAUGGAAGCAUCCAUGGCUAUUGUAGAUUCUAAAUUGGUAAAAUUGUGAGACUAAUACUGGGGCUCCAAGAGGGGUUUAAAGUUAAACAGAAAUAUUUAUUGAGAACUGUUUAAAAAUCUUCAUAUCGAGCACAAUAAUGCCAUACUUUGUGAGAACCAAUACUUGGGCCCAGUAAGGGGUUCAAAGUUUAAAUGGAAAUAGCAUAUGCUAUGAAAAAGAAUGUUACAAGGUACUGUUGUUCAGAUGAGCGAUGUGGCCCAUGGGCCUCAUGCUGUUUUUUAAACAUACAUCUGUACUAUUGCACACUAUUCUAUUGCUUUAUGAGAAUGGUUGAAAUUGUUUUAGGUUUAAAUUUUCAUUUUAAUAAUUGGUACCUUAUUUAUAUAUUUUAAAAUAUAGUCAAGCAAGUAUACAAGCUAAGUAUGUUUUAUUAAUUUCAUGAUUUUUUAAUAAAAAUAAAAGAAAUUGGUGA